AUGGCGGAGAAAAACAGCCGGACUUGUGAUAUUUGUAAUAAACAGUAUGUUUUUUUGAUUUUUCAUUUUAAAAAUUAUAAAAUUUUUUUGAAGAUUUGCCAACACAUCUGCCUGUCGACUUCAUCGGGUGAAAUCGCAUCGGAUGGUGGACGAUAUUACGGAUAAGAGAUUAUUUGAUAGGACCAGUGAGAAAGGUUGUAAUUUUUUUUUCAAAAAAAUAGACGGAAAAAUAAAAUUUGUUUUUAGCUAGAUUAAUUUAUCACUGUCCCAACGAGAAAUGUCUGGAAAGGGCGGUGAAAUUCGAAGGGAUGCGAAAUCUACGGCAACAUUAUGUUCGGGUUGGUUUUACAAUAAAUUUUUAUGAUUUUUGCAACGUUGAACUUUUUUUUUUGUAAAUUUUCUAUUUUUUGAAAGAUGUUUUAUGAAAUUUUGAUCAUUUUUUUUUUUAGUUUUUUCGAUGAAAAUAUGUAUCAUUUUUGACAGGAAAUUAAUUUUUUAAAGUUUGAACUGAUGAAUUUUCAAUUUUGCAUAUUUUUUAAACUUUCCUUGACAGUUUAUACUAUUUCUUAUACUAUCAGAGUUGAUUUUUUUAUAGGAUUAUUUAGAGAAAUGUUUAACUUUUGUCAUUUUUUUUGAACUUUUUUUAUCAAUUUAUAUAUUUUUUCUUAUACUAUCAGAGCUGAUUUUUUUCUAGGAUCGUUUAAAGAAUUUUUAAACUUUGCUAUUUUAUGUCAACUCCAAUAAUUUUAAUCAAAAUGAAGCCUGAAAUUUUUCCUAAAUCAAAAGAAAGAAAUAACCUAUUUUGUUCAUUUUUAUAAGUUAAAAAUUUUCAUAAUUAUGUGGGGAAAUAUCAAAGUUUGUUUUCCUUUUUUUUCAUCGAUUACUUUAAUUUUGAUCAUUUUUAAGCUGUUUUGACAGUUUAUACUUUUUCUAACACCAGAGUAAAUUUUUCUAGGAUCAUUUAGAGAAUUUUAAACAUUGCUCUUUUUGAUAAACUCUCUUAAAUAUUAACCAGGAUGGAAUCUGGACUUUGUUUACCUAAUUUAAAGUGUGUUUCUUUUUUUUUUGACCUUUUUUUUUUGAAUCUUUUUGACGUUAUUUCAAUCAAUAUGAAUCCUUUUGACGUUAUUUCAGUCAAUUUCAAUUCUUUCGACUUUAUUUAAGUCAAGUUCAAUCCUUUUGACGUCAUUUUUCAAGGUUCAUACGGAGAAGAAGCACACCUGUGAAUGUGGAUAUCGAACGGCGCUGCAAAAAGAUUUCAUUUACCAUCAACGGGUCCGAUGUCAACUUUUGAAGCUUCAAGCCACGGAUGGUUUGUUUCUUUCGCCACUAGUUUAUGGUAAAAUGAAUGAAGUUUUGUGGAGAUGUUUUUUUUUUUCACGGAAAAAAAUAUUUAAAUAAUGGUUAUGCUAGGAAAUUUGUUGAAAAUCAAUAUUUUUUUCUUUGAAAAAUGAAGCAAGGAGUUCAGUCAUUUCAAAUACAAGAAUUCGUCCUUAUAAAUGUUUUUUUUGUUUGAAUAGUCGUUAGUUUUUUUAGAAAAAUUAGGAGCAUAAAUUAAAUACUGUUACAGUAGUUAUAGAUACUGUAAUUACUUCUGAUUUUUUUCUUUUUAAAAAAAUGAAGCUUUUUUUAUUUUUUUGAGGGAUUUUUGAAGUUUCUCACUAAUUUACUAACGUUCUUGGGUCAGGUUGGACAGUUCUAUCUUCUCCCUAAGUUCAGUUAAGUCCAUAGGCAAAAUCGGAAAGGGUGGAAAAAGUCUCCAUAAAUGUUCCUUUUUUGCUGCCUUUUUGCGCCAUUUCAUCGGCUUUUAUGCACCAUUUUUGCUGUCUCUCCCCUUUUCCACCAUUUCUAGAGCCUUUAAAAUCCCAGAGAAAAUGGAAGGCUCGAUAAAGAGACUUUUUUUGCUACCUUUCUGAGGCCUUUUUGGUGCCUUUCUGCGGCCAUUUUGUUGCCUUUCUGCGGCCUUUUUGUUGCCUUUCUGCGGCCAUUUUUGAGCCUCUCCUUUUUAGAACCCAUCAUCCACCAUUCCGACUUUGCCUGA